AUGGAGGCAGUCAAUGAGCUGCACAAGGCCAGUGCGGUGCCGUGGACAAAGAACGGGCUUCUGCCACCCACCGGUCGGCACGUGUCAACACUGGCAGAGACCCUUGGCCACGUGGACUCAGGCUCCCCUUUGCUCACCGUGCUUCCCUCCUACCAAUUUGCUGUGGUGGGUGUGACAAUCAUGUCAACCGGCCCUUUGCACAAAGUUGGAGCCAGGGAGCUGCAGUUUGGCCAAGAAGGCCGGGUGAGCCACGGGGCGUGCGGGGAGAAGGCCCUUGCACGCAACACACCAAACGCAAACACACACGCACGCACCCACACCACCUCCCCGACCCUCCGGACGGACGCCCUACACCCGGCGCCCCCUCUCGGCUCACUGCCUCGCCCGGGACGCCGGCGCCAGGGCGACCCCUGCCGCUCGCACCGGGAACCCACACUCGCCGCCCAACAGCGCCCCGCACUCCCCGUCCACCCACUGCCCGACCAGGGAGCCGUCCGUCCGUCCACCCACUGCCCGACGCGCCGCCACUCGCCUCCCUUCGCUCCCCUCCCAACGCCCGCUCCUCCCCGGGGACUCAGCCACAGCCAAACCCAGGCCUCCACCUCGGGACCGUCGCCGGCCUUCUUCGCCACCGGCCCUCGGCCCGGCAAGGCCUCGACACCCACCCGCCCCCGACCCCUGACCUUAGCCCUCCACACCUUCUCCGGGGAGCACGGAGGCUCGGCGGCAACACCCCGGACCCCGAACUAUCGCUUCCCAGGACCCCCGGGCCUUCAGGACUACCACCAGACACAUAGUGGCUGCAGGGAUGCAGGGAUGCACGGAUGCAGGGCUGCGAGGACCUAUCCGGGGGUGGGCGAGUGGGUGGGUGCCCUGCACCCGGACACCCUGCUAGGGACGGCCAGGCGAGCGAGCGGGCGAGCGAGCGAGCACCCCGUGACACUCGAUGGAGCGAGGACAGGGCUCGCUCUCUCCCGCACGCCUACCCGCACGACCCUCUCCUGCCAGAUAUCUCCAGGCUUGGACUGACCACACCAUGGAAGAGUUGGGAUGACCAUUUCGGCAAGAAAAGAAAUCAGAAGUAAAAGGGAAGUCAGGAAACAAGAGAAAGAA